AUCCUCGUCGCUAGAAAAAACACCGGCGUUGCAGUCUUUGUUAUUUACUUAUUUGUUGAGAUCUCUUUGUCCAAAGCUUGAGCCACAAAUAUAAUAAAACCCAAUAAGUGGUUUGCUUCACCCACCGCCUUUCUCUCUCUCUCUUUUCUCUCACCUCAACUCUCUCUAUCUCUUGUCGGCACCGCAGAUCUCCGAUCUUCGGUGAGAGGUGGUCGGAGCUCGACCUGAGGACGUUUUCGCCGUUACCGAUCGGAGAUGGAGAAUUUGAUCUCUUUGGUGAACAAGAUACAGAGAGCUUGUACGGCUCUUGGUGACCACGGCGAUGAGAGCGCAUUGCCGACUCUGUGGGACUCGUUGCCGGCGAUUGCGGUGGUCGGAGGCCAGAGCUCAGGAAAGUCUUCAGUGUUGGAGAGCAUUGUUGGAAAGGAUUUCUUGCCUCGUGGAUCUGGGAUUGUCACUCGGCGCCCUCUUGUCUUGCAGCUUCAUAAGAUUGAUGAAGGCAGAGAAUAUGCUGAGUUCCUUCACCUCCCAAGGAGAAGGUUCACUGAUUUUGCUGCUGUGAGGAAAGAGAUUUCGGAUGAAACUGAUAGAGAGACUGGUCGCACCAAGCAAAUCUCUAGCGUUCCGAUUCAUCUUAGUAUAUAUUCUCCUAAUGUUGUCAACUUGACACUGAUUGAUCUUCCUGGGCUUACUAAAGUUGCUGUUGAGGGUCAACCUGACAGUGUUGUGCAGGAUAUUGAGAAUAUGGUUCGCUCAUUCAUUGAAAAGCCUAACUGUAUUAUUCUAGCAAUAUCACCGGCCAAUCAAGAUCUUGCCACAUCAGAUGCCAUUAAAAUUUCCCGUGAAGUAGAUCCUAAAGGGGAGAGGACAUUUGGGGUCCUGACAAAGAUUGAUCUUAUGGAUAAGGGUACUGAUGCAGUUGAUAUACUGGAAGGAAAAUCUUAUCGGCUGCAAUUUCCUUGGAUUGGUGUUGUGAACCGUUCCCAAGCAGAUAUUAACAAGAGUGUUGACAUGAUUGCUGCUCGGCGUAGAGAGCGUGAGUAUUUUGCUAAUACCCCAGAAUAUAAGCAUCUUGCUCACAGAAUGGGUUCUGAGCAUCUAGGAAAGAUGCUUUCAAAGCAUCUGGAAAAUGUAAUCAAGUCAAGGAUCCCAAGCAUCCAAUCCCUUAUCAACAAAACAAUAGUUGAACUUGAAGCUGAACUGAGUCGCCUUGGAAAGCCUAUUGCUGCUGAUGCUGGAGGAAAGUUAUACAUGAUCAUGGAAAUUUCUCGUGUCUUCGAUCAGAUAUACAAAGAGCAUCUCGAUGGCGUGCGCGCAGGUGGUGAUAAAAUUUACCAUGUCUUUGAUAACCAACUUCCUGCUGCUCUGAAAAGGUUGCAAUUUGAUAAGCAACUCUCAAUGGAGAAUGUACGAAAGCUCAUUACUGAAGCUGAUGGAUAUCAACCCCAUUUAAUAGCUCCUGAACAAGGAUACCGUCGACUCAUUGAAUCUUCAAUAGUUAGCAUCAGAGGUCCUGCUGAGGCAGCUGUUGAUGCGGUUCACGCCAUAUUGAAGGAGAUGGUUAACAAGGCUAUCAGUGAGACUGCAGAAUUCAAGCAAUACCCUGCUCUCAGAAUUGAGGUUGCAAAUGCAGCUUGUGAUUCACUUGAUAGGAUGAGGGAUGAAAGCAAGAAAGCAACACUUAAGCUAGUCGACAUGGAGUGCAGCUACCUGACAGUUGAUUUCUUCAGGAAGCUUCCUCAAGAUAUUGAGAAAGGCGGCAACCCGACGCAUUCAAUUUUUGAUAGAUACAAUGACUCAUAUCUUAGGCGAAUAGGAACAACAGUUUUGUCUUACGUCAAUAUGGUGUGUGCCACUCUUCGGAACUCCAUUCCAAAGUCCAUUGUUUAUUGUCAAGUGCGUGAGGCCAAACGCAGCCUACUCGACCAUUUCUUUACUGAGUUGGGUAAACUGGAGCCCAAGCAGUUGGCAUCAUUAUUGAACGAGGAUCCAGCAGUCAUGGCAAGACGCACUGCCCUGGCAAAGAGGCUCGAGUUAUACAGAAGCGCUCAAGCUGAAAUUGACGCAGUUGCUUGGUCUAAGUAGAUAGCCAUGUAUCUUACUUGGAAUUUGGCUUUAGUUGGUGGCGUGAUUCUUUAUAAUCGGUUUACCUUUAUUUUGUGUACCAAAUUCCAAUAGCUGAUUUGUCAUUUUUUUCCUACCACCCGAGUGACAUUUUUCAUUGUCAUCACAUGUCACAGUUUAUAUAUAUAUAUAUUGAAGAUGAUAUAAAAGUGUAUUAUUUCUGACGGUGUUC